AUGGAGCCACCGGAGUGUCCGGUGUGUCUACAGUGUUACAACGGCGAUUGUUCAGUUCCUCGCGUGCUCGCCUGUGGACACACGGCGUGCGAGGAAUGUUUGACGAAUCUUCCCAAGAAGUUUCCGGACACAAUCCGAUGUCCAGCGUGCACCGUUCUCGUCAAGUUUCCACCUCAAGGACCAUCAGCUCUCCCAAAAAACAUCGAUCUUCUCAGAUUGUUCCCUUCGACUUCCCGGGUAACGGUUGAACCUGGCCGGAAUUUGAAAAAAUCCGUCGAAUUUGUCAUUCGAUCAUGGUCCGACGACUUCUACGCCAUUUGGAAAGACCGGAUCCUACUGCACGACGCCGUUUCCGUGGAAAAUGGGGAAGGUGAAGGUAGCGAUUUAGCUUCGUCUUUUACGGAUUGCCUGAAGGAUGAUUCGACGGUGAGUCUUUUACGGGUUGCUUCGUUCCAGCAUGAUGAUUGUGAUUCUGUCCUCAAGUACAGUUAUGUCCAGAGGAUGAUGAGUUGUCUUUGGGGGAUGAGAGAGGAAGAGAGAAAUGAGAUUGAUGCGAUGAUCUCUCUUAAACAAAGAGGUAUUUCUAAAGUUAUUGGCUUGUGGGGUGAUUUGAAGAAUGGGGUUUUGUAUUUAGUAGGUGAGAAGCUUACUGGAUUUUCGUGGGAGGAAUUCGAUAAUCUCACUGAAGAUGAUACUUCAUGUUUAGCAAUGAUCGGUAUGCAAAUUUGUGAGGCACUUCUCAAUCUGCAUAAGGAAGGGAUAUUCACAGGAUGUUUAAGCGUUUCUUGUGUGAAGUUUGACGAAUUUGGGAAUGCUUUUGUUGAUUUGAUUGAGUUGCUUGUAACUGGAAGGAAUGUGUAUCGACUUAUCGCUGAAGAAACUAGCUCUUUCGGCAAACCAGUUGGUGCUUUGGAAAUGAGAAUGAUUUUGGUCCGAUUACUACAGAAGGGGAUUUUUAUGAGCUCAGAGGUGUUGUUUGAAUUGUUGAAAGAACAGAAUGUGUUGAUAAAAAAUGCCAGCUCAAAAGAUUUGGUUUCAUAUAGCUCUGAUGUCUGGCCAGUUUGUUUUCUUCUCCUCAAGCUUCUUCUUGGAAAACGGUUUUCUGAAGAGCUGAUUGAAAGUGUAAAUUGUGUGGAUCCAAAAGGAUGUGACAAGGGAAUUGAGGAUUUAUUGUUGCUGUACACAGGUAUUACAGAGAAAUUAAGUUCUAUAAUAGAGACUGAACUUGGAGGGAAGUUUAAACCGAUAAUUAGGAUUCUUUCCCAGUGUUGCUGUCUUGAUCCUCAGGCACGUCCAGCUCUGAAUGAUCUAUGGAAAUGCAUCAGGGAGCUGGUGGUGUAUUCUAGAUUUAGUUCUAUUAUUGGAUUGAAUAAACCGAUCUCUGGAAAAAGGAAAGAGUAUAGUUUGGUUCUAGGUGAAUUAUGCCGCUUGGUCGAAGUGGGAUCCAAAGAACUUGAAGAAGAGUUUCCUGGAAUGAAAAAUGGCACUGAAGCAGGGGAGGGUAAGGUUGACAUAGAUUUUGUUGGGAGACUCGCAGAAGGAAAGAUGAAAUCUAAAGACAUGCGGGGACACCAAGACUCUGUCACGGGUUUAGCGGUUGGAGGUGGGUUUCUGUUCAGCUCCUCGCUUGAUAAAAAUAUCCUUGUAUGGUCUCUGAAGGACUUUUCCCAUGUGCAUACAUUUAAAGGUCAUCAAGAUAAAGUAAUGGCUUUGAUACACAUCGAGGGAGCAGAACCAGUAUGUGUCAGUGGCGACGGUGGAGGAGGUAUAUUUGUAUGGAGCACUACUUUCCCUCUGGAAGAACAGCCGCUAAGAAAGUGGUAUGAGCCAAAAGACUGGCGAUAUACUGGCAUUCAUGCUUUGGCAUACUCGGAAUAUGGGCAUGUGUUUAGUGGCAGUGGAGAUAACACUAUCAAAGCUUGGUCAUUGCAAGAUGGAAGCCUGGUUUGCACUAUGACUGGUCAUAAAUCUGUAGUUUCAACGCUUGUUGUGCAAAACGGAGUACUAUACAGCGGAAGUUGGGAUGGGAACGUUAGAUUGUGGAGUCUAAGUGACCACAGUCUGUUGACGAUGUUGGGAGAAGAGACUCCAGGUAUUAUAAGAUCUAUUUUGUCUCUAGCUGCAGAUGACCAAACCCUAGUGGCAGCUUAUCAAAACGGAGAUAUACAGAUAUGGAGGGAUAAUACAUUGAUGAAGUCAAUGCAAAUACAGAGUAGUGCAAUUCUCAGCAUUGCCGUGAACGGUAAAUGGGUAUUCACUGGAGGGUGGGACAAAACCGUCAAUGUGCAGGAACUUUCAGGAAAUGAGAUAUCACUAGACUGUACUCACGUUGGAUCGAUCCCGGGUUCAUCAGUAAUCACAUCUUUGUUAUAUUGGGAAGGCAAGCUCUUUGCAGGGUUUGCAGAUACAACCAUUAAGGUGUACUAUAGCGGACGCUAA